CGUUUGCUGAAGUCCUUUCAAAAUGCUUUUCUUGAACAAAUAAAAUGGCGGAACUAAGUUAUCACAUGAUGAGGACUGCUAAUCAGGCUAGAGAAGCCGAAGAGCAGCGUACCACCGCAAGAAAGAAAAACCUGCUAAUAUUAGUUAUGCAUUAUUUGAGUGAAGAAGGGUAUGUUGAAUCAGCGAAUUCUUUGUCAAAAGAAACCAACCUGGAUUUCCGAAAGUACGAAGUAUGUGACAAUGUUGAUUUGGAAACAGUUUUGCUGGAAUAUGAAAGUUACUACUAUGUCAAAUUCCAAAAGUACCCAAGAAUAACUAAGAAGCUAUCAGAUAAACCUUUGAAGGGAGAUAAAUUGCGACAUUUGAACGGUUCAGCAAAAACCAAGAAGCGACCUUCUUUGCCCCACAUUAGCAAUAGACAAAACUCAAUGCUUGAUAAUGGACAAAAUUACUCACUAAAUUCUCCGAACACUGAUGAGAAUAUUUCCACAAACAAAGUAACAAGAGCACGUGCAGAAAAUGGAUUAGGCCACGAACCAAUUGAAAUUAAUCGAUUGUCCAAUGGUUUAAGUGUACAAGGCAAACAAGAUCCUUCUAUACAAACAUCAGGACGUUCAAUUAAAAGUAGUAUACCGUUAAGUGUUUCACACCACCAACACAUGGAUUCAAAUCAAAAUGGACAUCUCCCUUCUUCAAAUCGACAAGGUUUUCCACGUCAGAUUAUCGAUUAUAGAGCAAUGCUUAAUCAAGAAACACGUUUACCUUUGGAAGAGAAUAAUCACCUUUCAGAAGAUCCACAAGAACGUUUACUCAAACCCCUGGGAAGUUAUUUAGGCUAUACUGGUGAAUGGAGAAGCCUAGCCUUAACCAUCUCACGUGAUAUAUUCCUUCAAAAUCCCAACGUUCGAUGGGAUGAUAUAAUUGGUUUAAGUUCAGCUAAACGUCUUGUAAAAGAAGCUGUUGUAUAUCCAAUUAAAUAUCCUCAACUAUUUGCUGGAAUAUUGUCACCUUGGAAAGGAUUACUACUGUACGGACCUCCAGGUACAGGAAAAACUCUCUUAGCCAAAGCUGUUGCCACAGAGUGUAAAACAACAUUUUUCAAUAUUUCUGCAUCAACCAUUGUCAGUAAAUGGAGAGGGGAUUCAGAGAAGCUAGUUCGUGUUCUAUUCGAGUUGGCUAGAUUUCAUGCCCCAUCGACUAUAUUCUUAGAUGAAUUAGACUCUUUAAUGUCACAAAGAGGUUCAGUAUCUGGAUGCAGUACAUCCGGGGGCGGUGGAGGUUCAGGCAUAUCUAUGGGUAGUGAACAUGAAGGUUCACGUAGAAUGAAAACAGAAUUAUUAAUGCAAAUGGAUGGUUUAGCUAAAUCUGAUGAUCUGGUCUUCUUGUUAGCAGCUUCUAAUCUGCCAUGGGAAUUAGACCAUGCAAUGCUGCGUAGAUUAGAGAAAAGAAUUCUAGUCGAUUUACCAAAUAAAGAAGCAAGAAUGCGUAUGUUUGAAACAUUCCUCCCACCGGUUAUUGGACAAGAAUCAUCAAAUGGAUUACAGUUGAAGUGUUUUUUAGAUUAUGAAUUAGCUGCAGAGUUAACUGAAGGCUAUUCUGGAUCUGAUAUACGCUUAGUGUGUAAAGAAGCAGCAAUGCGUGUUGUACGAAAAAUAUUCGAUAUACUAGAGAAUUGUGCCAGUGAAAAUCUUCCUCAGACGCACAUACAUCUUGAUCCGAUUACAACAGAUGAUGUUAAAGCUGCCAUAGCUUCAACAAUGCCAUCCGCUAGACAACUUGCUGAUAAAUAUGUUGAGUGGAAAGAACAAUACGGUUCCACAUAGUGAAUAAAACAUGUGAAUGUAUGCCUUCAAGUACAGACUUUAUUUAUCAUCUUUCUUGAUAUUCUUAUCUCACUAUCUGUUCACACACACACACACUCCUACAUUUUAUUUCGCUUUUCCAAUGUCUUUCAUCAUUAUUUGCAAAGUUCUCUUUUGCUGUUGUGUAAUUUUUAUUUUUUGGAUAAAAGUUAUUUAUAAUAUGGACUAAUCUACAUUAAUUUAUUUUCGAUUAUUUAAAUGCCGCGGGUAAAGAAAAACGCGCGAAAGAUGCACAGUAAAACAAACUGUUCAAUAUUCAAUGUCAAACUAUUGUAUAUACAUAGAUAUAUGUAUAUGAUGACUAUUUAUUUCACCUUAUUUGUUUCGCAUAUGCGUUCAUUUGUUUCUUUGUUUGUUUGUCAGACAGUGG